CUGUGUCUCUGUGUGUGAGUCUGUGUGUGUGUGUGUGUGUGUCUGUGUGUGUGUGUGUAUGUGUCUGUGCCUCUGUCUGUGUGUGUGUGUGAGUGUGUGUCUCGCUGGUUACAAUUUCAUCCCAUAUACAAAAUCCAUGUGUGAAGUGAAUAUCUGUAUUUAUCAGUUGCAUCUUGUUCUCUUCACAGAUUAAACAGAAUAUGCAAGCGUGUAAUGUUUAGGAAACGGCCUUCACACCAUUAUAUAAAGCCUGGGAGCGAUAGUUAUAUUAAAGGUGUAAUAUAAAGUAUUAAGAUAAAAAAAAAAUAAACGAAUGAAAAUCACCACUGAGAGAUCUACAUGCUCGUCACUACGCUAGCUAGUUAGCUGCUUUAGCUGCUAGCAUGCUAACAUUUACUCCUGUAGCUAUGGUUGGUAUGGUAUGGUCAUGACUAACAAUACUCCGUUUUUUUCUCCGUUAUAAUGAAGGAAUAAACAAGUCUCAAAACUAUAUAAGCUUUGUUACAAUCAGAGUAAAUAUUUAAGUCAUUUAAAUAAUUAUCCGAUGCUAGUUAACACAAAGGAGGCGUGGCAGUGAUAGGAAACCCCGCCCACAUCUCAAGUUUCACCUAAUGAAAAAGCUGCAUCGGCGUUUCCAUGACAACACGGCGCUACAACACGAGCACUGUUCCUGCUUCAUUCAGGUCCUGUCUUGCUUAUCAGAGCCAAAUCGUCCAGCGUGUUAUCAUGUCUGACGUGGCAAAGGAGAAGGCCAUUCGGCUGCUGAAGAAGCGAGAGAGCAUGUCGUCUAUGGGCAGUCAGGACGUGAGAGCCAGGAGGGAGGAGUACACGUUCAAGACCAAGGGCUCUAUCAGUAGCGUGUCCUAUAUGGACGAGGCUGGUCACCAUGACGAAAACCCUCGUCACGCAGUGCAAAUGGAGAACACGUACCAGUUCGGUCCAUCAAAGCGGUUUCCAGACCACGAUGUGAGGGAGAUCCUGAAGGACGUUCUGAGCAGCUACCUGCAGGAGGAAAAGUAUGAACCUGAGCUGUGCAGACAGAUGACCAAAACCAUAUCAGAGGUGGUGAAGGCACGAGUGAAAGACCUGAUGAUCCCCCGCUACAAGAUCAUCGUGAUGAUCAGCAUCGGCCAGCUGGCGGAGCAGAAUGUGCGCAUGGCGAGCCGCUGCGUCUGGGAUGCCGCCACCGACACGUUUUCAUCCUACGCUUUCAAGAACAGCUCACUUUUCGCCGUCGCCAAUGUCUACGCCGUGUACUUUGAGUGACGCUGGUUGAGGGAUACAGUUAAGUGUAGGACAGCUACGUCAGGGCAGAACUGGGGAUUUAGCUUGAUAAAUAAACGGAUGGCUGCAUGCUUAUGCAGAUAUAUGGAUAUAAGGAUGGAUGCAUUUUUUUUAUACAUGGAAGUAAUGUAUAUAUAAAAAGGUGAAUAGAUCAAUAUAUGGAUAGAUUAGUGACAGUUAGGUGGAUAGAUAAAACACCCUGGGUUGAUGAACGAAUGGACAGAUGGACUGAUGUGUGUGUGUAUAUAUACGUGUGUGUGUGUGUGUGUGUAGUAAUGGGUGGAUGGAUGUGAAUAGGAAAUAAACUGUACAGCUCUGUAAAGUUCUAAAUAUGAUAAUAAAUUAAAACAAUUCUUUA